AGGGGCUGGCCAAACCGGAUUUAGGUCGAGAGCGAGACAAUUACAAAGACGGAAUGGAAAGAGGUGCAGCAGCACGUAAACGACUCGAGCAAAGGCCUAUAUAUAAAGCUGGAGUAUCGAGAGAAGGUGCGUCAAGAUGAUAGUUGGGUGGAACGGAUGGAAGAGGAUCAAAAUGAACAUAUAAAUAACUACUAUUUGGAACGCAAUGCAAUCAUAGGCGACAGUUACGGCGCAGUGGGUCCAAGUGGAUCCACCCCUACAUCCACACCACUCCGGCUUCCUACCCAGGGAGCGUGCUUGCGCGUAUGUUCCUGUCAACCACCCGCGCGCGUCGCAUCAAGAUCGAGGCCGCCAAGCGAGCGCAACAACAAGAAAUCCAAUCCUAUAUGUCACGGCGUCCUCCUUUGAUAUAUACACAAACGACGUCGGCAGCCACGGUCGCCCCUUCCCCUCUUUCUUGCUACCUUCCACUCCCUACCUCCCAUCCCAGAUGACUCGACUCCGCACACGAUCCAAACACGUAGGGGGAUCGGCGGAGGAGCCAGAGAUAGAACGGGACGUCACCCACACGGUCCUCGCACGGACGGAGGGAUAACCAAGCAGACGGGCGGGAGCCGUAGGGGUAAUAAGAGAUAGAUCGAUCGAUAGAUAGAUGGGUUGUACGUAUGUGAAAGACAGAGUAUAUAUGAAUGCACAGAGAAAGACGAGGCCGGUUAGAAAAUCAUAGAAGCAAGGAGGAGAAACUGAGGCGGAGGCAGGGGAAUAUAAGAAAAGGGAGAGGGACGAAGCGAGAGUCGGUGCGAGAAGAACGAGCGAGCGAGCGAGCUGAUAGGGGAGGUAUCGGCGGUGCGAUGAGCAUGA